ACACUGUCAAGGGAUGAUGGGGAAGAAACCAAGUUGAAACUGAAGAGGAUCAAACAGAUUUCCAUAUCCUUUCAUAUCCAUGGUGCAGGGCAUUUAGGUAUUUGUAGAUAUUUUUACAUUAUAUAAAAGAAAUACCUUAAGUGAAAAUUCCACAAAUGUGGAGAAAUAUUUAAGUUUCCCUAAAGUAUGUCCGUAACUUGAGCACAUCCCAAGAGAAAACGAAAGUAAUUGAUGAUGCAUCCUUUGAGGACCAAACGAUCAGGGAAAUGACCAGUGGAAAAGAACCGUUUCCCAGACAUGAGAACUGCAGAAAGAACUUGAUAGUUUACUGCUGAGUGUUGUAUUGGGAGUGAUGUAGAGUACCGCAGAUUCACCCAAGAUGCGGAACAGUUCAUAUGGAAGGCUGAGCGUGGGAGGGGGAGGCCAGUCCAUCGUGCCUGGGAGCUGCAUCCUGCGCAUGUCCAGAGUAGUGCCCCUCAUCCUGCUCAUCCUGAUUAUUGCUCCUCUCUGUGCUCAUUACUACCUCUCAAAGGUUGGAAGUGAUGUAUCUCUGGGCCAUGAAAGACAUCUGUUGCUGGACUCAAAUGACCCCCUGGCAGACCUUUCAGGCCUCAAGUGUGACAAUGCCAAGGCAAGAGUGCAAGAACUUCUUUCUAUCAAAGCAUCUGUCCUUAAUGAGCUCCGAGAUCUGGAGCAGCAUCGCCAGCAACUACAGGAAAACAUAGCUUUAGCCACAUCCCGGGUGGAGAGCCUUCGACAGGAAGAAGGUCGGAUCAAGACAGAGCUCGAGAGGCUCAAGACUAGUGUUGAACAGGCUCUCCUUGCACAAAGAGAAGUGUUUGAGAAGAACAUGCCACACAUUGUAGCUCCUAGGAGGAUCACUGCAACCCAUGAGAACAGCAUCCGUCUUCCGGCUCCUAGUGCCCAGAGUGUUGCACAGUGUCGUAUGCAUAACUGCUUUGAUUACUCAAGGUGUUCGGUGCUGUCAAAUUUUCCUGUGUACCACUAUGAUGUGGAUCAGUACAGAAUAUCCACCAGUGAUUUGGAAGUCUUUGUGAAAACAACAGUUAGACAAGCACUUGGUUAUAAUGCUCACAUUACUAUGGAUCCUGAUGAGGCCUGCAUAUUUGUAGCCUUAGUAGGUGAAAGCAUAGGUUCUUCUGUGGAUAAAGUUAAUCUUGAGGAAAACCUGCAUAGUCUCCCAUACUGGAACGGUGAUGGUAGAAACCAUGUUCUCUUGAAUCUUGGCCGCACAAUCUACAGCAGGAAUGUCUUUGAUGGGGUGAACACAGGUCGAGCUCUGACUGUACAGGCCCAUUUCUACUCUCACUUAUACCGCCCAGGUUUCGACAUAGUUGCCCCACCUCUGCUUGGCCUUCCCGGGGGAGACCUUUGGCACAAUCUUCCUCCAAUGGUUCCUGCCAAGAGGAGGUACUUGUUGUCCUUCCAGGGGGAACUACCACGGCUAAGGAACUACUUAGAUAAGGAAGAGCAGCCUCCUUCAAACAAUCCAAGCAUGAGGGAGGAAGUUGCUGUGGUGGAGGAAUUGAUUCAGCUUGAGAAGACUCGAACAGAUGACCAGUUUCUCCUGCAGUUCACCUGUCAGGGUAGCGGAGGGUAUGGUGACCUUGAGGAGUGGCAGAUUUGUGAGACUGAAUCUAUGAGGACUCAAGUGUUGCGAGAUUCUACCUUUACUUUAGUGUUGGCCCCUCCAAAUCCAACGGAAAUAUCUACUGUUACUUUCCAAGCAAGAGUGUUUGAAGCCUUGAAAUAUGGGGCUGUUCCAGUCAUUCUUGGAAAUCAUGUGGAAUUUCCACUGAGCGAAACCAUUGACUGGCGUAAGUUGGCUCUCACUUUUCCCAAGUCACGAGUUACGGAAGUACACUUCUUGCUUCGCUCACUGUCGGAUGCUGAUAUUCUCUACAUGCGUCGCCAAGGUCGGCUGGUUUGGGAGCGAUUCUUAGGGUCCACACAAGUCCUUGUUGACUCCAUACUUGCAAUCCUAAGGGAAAGGCUGAACAUUCCUCCCCUUGCUGCAGCUGACGAACCCUCACAGAGUGUCUUCAAUGAUUCAUUUGUGCCACUGAAGACUGAGGCGGACAUCCCAGACCCAGACACAGAUGAGAACUUGGGUCCCAUAGAGCCACCUUUCCCCUCUGUCUCCUUCACCCGGAACUAUACCAUCUCUCUUCUGACGGGGUAUGAGUUGUGGAAUGUUUGGGGGGAUCCCUUCAAUCUAUAUCCUAAUCUCCCUAACAAUCCAAUACUCCCUACUGAGGCCAAGUUCUCAGGCUCACAGUUAGGAUUCCGGCCAAUUAACUCUGGUUCUGGAGGCUCUGGGAAGGAGUUCAGUGAGAGCCUUGGUGGAAACCUGCCAAGGGAGCAGUUCACCAUUGUUAUGCUGACAUAUGAGAGAGAACAGGUGUUGCUGAAUUCCUUGGCUCGCCUCUACGGCCUCCCAUAUCUGAAUAAAGUCAUAGUGGUCUGGAAUUCCCCUAAACCUCCUCCUGAAGACCUUCGUUGGCCAGACAUAAAGGUCCCUGUGCAGGUAAUACGAGCUGAACGCAACAGCCUCAACAACAGGUUUUUGCCAUAUUCUGAGAUUGAGACUGAGGCCGUCCUUUCUGUAGACGAUGAUGCACAUCUAAGACAUGAUGAGAUUGUUUUUGGCUUCAGGGUUUGGAGGGAGGAGAGAGACCGCAUUGUGGGCUUUCCGGGACGUUACCAUGCCUGGGACCUGAACUAUGGGGGCUGGCUGUACAACUCCAACUACUCCUGUGAGCUCUCAAUGGUGCUUACAGGAGCGGCCUUCUUCCACAAAUACUAUGCCAACAUGUACUCCCAUGUCAUGCCACAGGCAAUACGAGAUAAAGUUGAUGAAUACAUGAACUGUGAGGACAUUGCCAUGAACUUCCUUGUGUCCCAUAUCACUAGGAAGCCACCAGUCAAGGUGACGUCUCGAUGGACUUUCCGAUGCCCAGGAUGCCCUGUGUCUCUCUCUGAAGAUGACUCACACUUUACAGAGAGGCAUAAAUGCAUAAACUUCUUUACUCAGGUUUAUGGCUACAACCCACUCCUGAAUACCCAGUAUCGUGUGGAUUCUGUUCUCUUCAAGACAAGGCUUCCACAUGACAAACAGAAAUGCUUUAAGUUUAUUUAAAUUCUAUGUCUCUUUUUCUUUUUUCGUUACUUCUUAAGUAGAAGGGUAAUACAUCAGGGUAGCUUUUUAGAGGUAAUGAUUAUUGAAUUUAUCAACUCUCCUCUUUAUUUAAGCAGAUUACUGUGCUUUUAAUUUUUAAUUAUCAUCCAUUUUAUUUUUUUCUGUGCACUCCCUGUCUUGUGUGCCAGUCUGUCCUGAAAAUUAAUGAUGUAACAGAUUUUUAAAAAGAGCUUCAAAGAAGUUUAUAUAUAUGCUAAAUAAGACUUGUUAUUUGUUAUUGCAGACAUUUUAAGACUUUUUAUCUUGUGACAAUAAACAUGACUUCCCCCAAAUAUUUAAUAGGAAUUGCUAUAUUAGCACUGAUACAUAGAGAGAACAACUGACACAUAGAGCGAUCAAAAUCACAUGGGCAGUGGUUACAAUAUUAUUAUGUUAUUUCACCCAGUUUUUCUUUUGUAGAUGCAGGAAACAGAAGAACUUGGAGACACUUGAAUUAGUCUUCUAGCCGUUGUUGUGUACAUAUUGGGCAGCGUGUAUGAUAUAGAUUUAAUAAUGUUUAGAUAGCAUAUGGCUCUGCCUUGUGCAGUAUGUAGCAAUGACCUCAUGAGUAGAGCUGUUUUGCAUUUAGUGAAAUAUAUAUUUAUUGCUGAAAAGGAGAAUAAUAUUGCUGGGGUGUUUACUGUAGAGAAUAUGAAUGAAGUGUUACAAUAAUAAGAGAUUAAUUAAUUGUUAUACAUACAUUGGAAAUGAAGAAUAGGAAAGAGGGGAGAAUAUUUUCCUAAUCUCCAGUUUUACCUACAGGUGUAUGAGACACUUGAAUAUUGUUUUACCAUGAAUGCUAUUGAAAGAGUGUGUUUGGAUAGUGUACUAAUGAAAGGGAGGCAGGUUAUGUCUUUUUAUCUUUUUUUGUCUUAACAGUGAUAAGAUUGGAAUGUGUGUCAAACUUAAGACCAUGCAGGAUGUGAGCAUAGUAUGGUUAUAUUUUUGUAGAAAUAAAAACAAAUUUUAUGAUUAGGAAUUAUUGGCCAAAUAUCAUUAAGAAUUGGUUAAGGUCAUUUGUUAAUUCACACUUUGUAAAGACAAAGGGCAAUAAUGAAAUUUUGCAUUACCUGUUAAAGUAUAUUUACCUAUUGAUAUCUAGAUGGCAUGUCCACUGUGAUUUUUGUUUAUUUAUUUCAUUUACAUAUAAAUGGCUCCACAAGAGCUUAUUCACCAAAGAUUCAAUUGUCCUACCUAUUUCACCUCUUUACCUUUUCUUUGAUUUUCAGAUUGAUUUUUUUUUUUUUUAAGUUCUUGCCAUUAGUACUGUCAAUAAUCAUAAUGUCCAUAAUAGUAACAGUGGUGUCCAUAUUAAUAGCAUUAAAAUUUUUUUCCUCAAAACUCAUAGAAAGGGUAAAUCUUCAGGCAGGCCGCCUGUUUGACUCUUUGAUGACCAAGUAUUUGUGGAGCUAUGUGUGUGUAAAAGAAAUAAAAGGAACAAAACUGCAGUGGACAGAGCAGUUACUUAAUACCAAUGGUUUAAGGCAAGUAAGGAAUGAAAUGAAAGACAAGGUAGAAAUGUGAAGAGAAAAUGUUUAAAGAAAAGUCAUUUUUUAGGCUUACAAACUCUUGAGUUGAUGUCUGUGUAGCAUAAAUGAUAAGUUUUAUUUUCUUAUUAUAAUUUUAGUUCUAAUGCAUUUGCAGUAGGUGUUGUACCUACACAUUUCUUAGUUAUUUGGUUUCAUAAUCUUCCCACUUUUCUUAUAUACCCAUGCUUCAAUUAUUAAGAGCUUUUUUAUCUUGAUAACUGCUAAUUCCUCGAGUAACCAGUGUUUGUAUGUAAGUUUCGUCUUUUGAGUCACGUUGAAUGUUACGGAUGGACACGGUCAUCUUUGAUAGUUUUAUUUUUCUACAUGAUUUUUGUUUCUUUUUUUACUUCAACUUUUUUUAAAUUCAGAGGUUUAAUUUCUGGGCAUUGAAUGGGAAAUCUCUUGUUAGAACUUUUGAAAUAAUGAGUGUUUGAAUAAAACUUUAUUCUGUGA